AUGGCAUUUAUCAAUUGGAUACUCGAGCACAAUCAUGUAGAGUCUCUCAUGAUCUUCUUACGACAGCGACAGGAUAUGCUUACAGUAAAAGCAUUCCUCAUCAGGCUUAUCAAAGCUGGCACAUGUAUGCGAAACACAGAAUUUCUACGACAUCUCCACGCAAUUGGUGCUCAAUUUGACAGCAGUGCCGAACAGAUAAUGGAAAUCAAUGACCCCGAGUUCUUGACUUUUGUUCUACACACAUUGGAUCCAGAAUUACUUAAAGGAGAGCCAGGAGGCCAUCUUCUCCGACAGGUUGCGCGUACAUCACAUAUCACGGUAGCGGAGCUAUUAAUUCACGCCGGGGCCGAAAUCGACCUUUGUUUGUCAGAUGGCGCACCAACAGCCCCUCUUUGGGAAGCGAUUUCCGUUAGAAACCUCGAGAUGGUCAAAUGCCUGGUCAGCGCUGGAGCAGACAUAAACAGAUACUCUGCGAUGUCAGGCUAUACGCGACCAGCGCGCACGCCAUUGACUGUCGCCGUGUGGAGAGGGGAUAGAAGAAUUGUUGAAUAUUUACUGGAUCACAAUGUGAUGAUAAAGGGGUUUGUGUAUAAGGAGCCAGUUCUUCAGUACGCGGCUGCCACAUUUCCUCCUCUUUACGAACUUCUUCUGAAAAAAUCAGGGAGUGCUCCCAAAGUUACUGUUGGGCAGUUACUGAGAGCCGCAAAUUCUGAUGCUCAACCUUUAUCAGAAUUCCUCUCCCAACAUACUGAAGUUUCUGAACAAAUGCUUGAGGAAGCCAUGGUCAUGGCAAUAAAGGAUGGAAAAACCAGAGCAGUUGUCAAUCUCCUACAUCAAGGGAUUGACCCCAACGGUUCUAACCUACCCAAGGCCAUAAGAUGCCCUCUAUAUACAGCCGCUCUUAGUCUACGCAAUCAGUCAAUUGGACAUCGAUAUAUAGACCUCUUAAUUGGCGCUGGUGCGGAUGUCAAUGUCGACGGUCUCUUGGACACACUGAUCUGGGAGGAGACAUUCACUUUUCCCCUUGCUGAAAAGUUGAUCGAUGCAGGGUUUGAUCUCACACGGUAUGGACCUAGUGCAAUUGAGAAUGCCUUGGAAAAUGAGAGUCGAGAUAUCCCCAUCUUCCUAGUCACCAAGGGUGUCUCUGUUAAUAGCUACGGACAUAGAGUGACUCCUUUCCAAGGCGCCGCACUGCGUCAAGACCUUGACCUCCUACAGUACUUUUUAGAACUAGGGGCUGACAUCAACAAGCCACCUUUUCCCGUCCGAGGGUACACAGCUUUACAAGCUGCAGCUGCCGCUAGGUCAAUGGAGAAAGUACAAUAUCUCCUAAGCAAGGGCGCUGAAAUAAAUGCCGCUCAAGCUGUGACUGGCGGGGUGACAGCCCUUGAAGCGACGGUCAGACCAUGGGACCCCUUCUUUGAAGACUUGGAGCUCGAAGAAUACUAUGAAGCGGAAGAUGGGAUUGAAGAGGUUUUUAUUUACCUUCUUGAGAAAGGUGCGGUCGUAGAUCGUCCUGAUGGGUCAAGAAGCCCAUUGCUGCACGAUAUCAUUGAACGCAAUAAGACUCAUUUGCUCAAGCUAGCCCUGGAAGGGGGAGCCAACACAACCCACCACUGGAGAACAUCUUCAUCGUCGUGGUGUGCAAGAACGCCUCUUCAACUUGCUGCAGAAAUGGGCCUGGUAGAGGCUCUGAAACUUCUCCUGUAUCACAGGGCAGAUCCGAAUGCCCCUCCAGCGCACCUCCAUGGCAGGACGGCUCUUCAGGCUGCAGCGUCAUCGGAAACGGCCUGCAUUGAGACGGUUAGAAUCCUCCUGGAUGGGGAUGCUGAGAUCAACGCACUCCCGGCUCCAUUUGGUGGGAUCACCGCCUUGCAAGGCGCCGCAAUUAAAGGCCAUUUCCAAAUCGCGCUCCUUCUAAUCCGAGAAGGCGCAAAUGUGAACGCUCCUCCUGCGAUCAAAGACGGACGAACUGCGAUCGAAGGAGCUGCAGAGCAUGGACGAUUAGAUAUGGUACAGAUGUUGCUAGAUGCAGGCGCAAUUGGAGACCAGAGGACCGGUUUCAUGAAGGCCAUCAGUUUAGCAAGGCAAAACAGGCAUUUCACGGUUGUUGAAUUGCUUAAGUCCCAAACAAGUAAGCUUGAUACUUGA